AUGGAUCGGAUAAAGGGUCCAUGGAGCCCCGAAGAGGACGACGCUCUGCAAAGGCUGGUACAGAAGCACGGUCCUCGUAACUGGUCUCUGAUCAGCAAGUCGAUACCCGGUCGGUCCGGCAAGUCGUGCCGGCUCCGGUGGUGCAACCAGCUCUCCCCUCAGGUGGAGCACCGUGCCUUCACGCCAGAGGAAGACGACACCAUAAUCCGGGCCCACGCCCGCUUCGGCAACAAGUGGGCCACCAUCGCCCGCCUCCUCAACGGCCGAACCGACAAACGCCAUCAAGAACCACUGGAACUCCACGCUCAAGCGUAA